AAAAAACAACUAUUGUUUCAAGCACGCGUCUAUAUUUUUUUGUUAGUUUGUUUACUGUAAUUAAAAUUUAAAAAUUCAAGCGAGUCUAAUGUUGAGCAUCAAAACGAAGCGAAUUCCAGGCGAAUCACUGGCCAAAAGAAAAUUAAAGUCGGAUAAUGUAGCAAUUCCGAAUGGAAUAACAGAAAAUAACACAAAAAGUGUCUGUGAUAGAAUGGCACAAAAUAUGGAAGUCCUUGACAAGACGAAUUUUAGUGCGAGAAAUGAGGACGAAGAAAAACAAAUAUUACCCGAGCAAUGGGAGAGCGCAAAAAAUUCAGAUAGUAAUGUGGACCCCUGCGUGGUAAAAACAGAUUAUCCAAUUAUGGAUAUAAUUGAUAUUGGUCCCGUAAAAGUGGAGCUGCAAGAGGACGCUGAAACAUCGGAGACAAUGCACAGCGAAGAAUCCUCUUUGAACAAAGAUUUCUCGAUAUGUGAACCAAAUCUACCUGAGGAGUGUGCCGAACAAAAGUUUUUAGAGGAAUUUCUUAAGGCAUAUCGCUCCUCGCCUGGCAUGUGGGAUAUUAAUUCAGACGAUUACCGUGAUCCCAAGAGAAAAAGAGAACAAUGUGCAUGCCUGCUGGCCAAAUAUCAGGAAUAUUAUCCUGAUGCGGACAAGCAGCAAAUGCAAAAGAAAAUCCGUUCGAUUAGGUCCCGCUACUAUCGCGUGCAGAGAAAGAUUGAGUAUUUAAACAAUAAACAAUUAGGGUCGGGUAAAAAGUAUGAAUCGAAUAAGUGGUUCUUUGAUGUAAUGAGCAGCGUGUGCGCUUACAAGGAACCUCUACAGCCAGUAGAUAAGACGGCACCAUUUGCUGAAAGAAGGAUAAUGCCAAAGCGAGGAAGGGAAGCGUUAAAAAAUGACCCCAUACCCUUAGAAUAUUACCGUGAAAAGACAAGGGAGAGAGCACGAAAGAAUCGUGAGAAAGUAUUGGAAUACUCAAACAAUAAGGAACAUACCCUGGAAAGUAUGGAGAAAGAUCGGCUUAACCAAGAAAGUGAUCGGGAGAGAAAUAAAAUUGAAACCAUAAUAGAAUGUGAGCCUAACGCCAGCAAGCAGGUAUUAGAAAAUGCAUUGACAAAGGUAGAAGGAGCAUUGCCAAGGGACCUGGAUAAAAGAAUAAAAGUGAUCAACGUUUUGUAUGAGAAAUAUGUAAAUCCAGUAAUAUAGAUUUAAAAUAAUAUCGAAUAUUCGAGAUAUACGUUUUGUAAAUAUUAUAAAAAGUAUUACAAAAAAACAAACGAA